AUGUCAUCGAAUUUUGCAGAAAAUGACCCAUUUUCUAAAAAACAAGCUAUUCGUACACGAAGGAAACGACUACAAGAAUCAUCACGUCUUGGAUAUAAACAUUUGAAUCAAGAACUUGAACCGUUACCACCAUUGAAAGAAACUCCAAGUGAUCAACAAGAAAAAUUAUUCAUUGAGAAAUUAAAACAAUGCUGUGUUCUCUUUGAUUUUUCUGAUUGUGUAAGCGAUCUUAAAAGUAAAGAAAUAAAGCGAGCUUGUCUCAAUGAAAUUGUCGACUAUAUAACAGCAACAAAAAAUUGUUUGACAGACAAUGUUUAUCCGGAAGCCAUCGCCAUGGUAUCAAUCAACCUUUUCCGUGUAUUACCACCAGCUGGCCCAGAUAGUUUAUCCGAAGAGACAGGCGUCGAAGAAGAGGAGCCAACAUUAGAAGCAUCAUGGCCACAUACACAAAUAGUUUAUGAAUUUUUUUUAAGGUUUUUGGAAUCACAUGAUUUUCAACCAAAUUUAGCAAAAAAAAUCAUCGACCAGAAAUUUGUUUUACAACUAUUGGAAUUAUUUGAUAGUGAAGAUCCACGUGAAAGGGACUUUUUAAAAACAAUACUUCAUCGAAUUUAUGGAAAAUUUCUUGGUUUAAGAGCAUUCAUUCGCAAACAAUUUAAUAAUAUUUUUUUAAGAUUUAUCUACGAACACGAACGAUUCAAUGGCAUUGCUGAGCUAUUGGAAAUACUUGGAAGUAUCAUUAAUGGUUUUGCUGUACCAUUAAAAGAAGAACAUAAAGUAUUUCUUGGACGAGUACUUUUACCAUUACAUAAAACGCAUUCAUUAAAUUUAUAUCAUCCACAAUUAACAUAUUGUGUUGUACAAUUUAUUGAAAAAGAAUCAUUAUUAGGAGAACUUGUCAUCAAAGGUUUACUCAAAUUUUGGCCAAAAACAUGUUCAACGAAAGAAAUUUUAUUUAUCAAUGAACUUGAAGAAAUUCUUGAUGUCGUCGAUGCAAAAACAUUUAAAAUUAUUUCUGUACCACUUGCAAGACAAAUUACACGAUCAGUUACAUCAUCACAUUUUCAAGUCGCCGAACGAUCAUUAACGUUAUGGUCGAAUGAAUACAUUGUGCAAUUGAUGGAAGAAAAUCUCGAUGAAAUUUUACCGAUAUUGCUGCCACCGUUAUGUCGCAUAUCUAAAACACAUUGGAAUGCAAAUAUUGUAACAUUAUCAUAUAAUUUAAUAAGACAUUUUAUGGAUAUUAAUAAAAAAGGAUGUGAUGAAAUAUUAAAUGCAUUACGAGACGAUGAAAAAAGAUUAUCAAUUCAAGAACAAGAUCGAAUAAACUCAUGGAAACGAAUCGAACAGAUGAGUUUAGAAAAACAAGAACAAUGA